CGUUGCGAACGCUGUCAAUGAUCUACAACUUCUCUUGACUGGACAUCAUUGUCUUGAAACUCGACAGCUCAUAGUCCAUUGAUCAGCUCAAACAGACCAAUGCCUCUCAAAGAAAGCAGUAUCAUAGGACCUCUGACCCAAUAUCUGCAGCAGGCCAUCAUGAUCUCCGUUCUCGCUUGUAUCGCGAUUGAACAAUGCUCACCUUCGAUCCUCGCCUUCCAUCGUAUUGAAAAGCGUGCCAAAACCCCUUCCAAAAGAAAGGUAUCCAUUGAAGCCGGGAUAUCUGCAGAUUUCAAUGUCCCCCCCGAGCAUGCCCUCAAUCUCGGCAUAUCACCUCACAACGUAUGAAGCGAGGCUGGUAUAAAUAAUCUCACGAACACGAAAAUCGGGCGCUCUUGGUGCAUACCUCUCCACUUCACUUUAGAACGUGCUCGCGGUCAUUAUAGGCCAAGGAUGGGUAGCAUCAGCCUCAACAAGGCAGAGUAUCUCGCACUGUUUCUCGAAACCUUUAUUUUUGGAACUUUCUUCACCCUGUGCAUCAUAGCCAUCAUGAUCGUCUUGCAAUCGAAAAACUCGCGCACACCGAAGUUUCUGCUGCCGGUAGCGGUUCUCAUGAUGGUGUUGGCCAUUGGCGAUUUAGUCAUAGACUUCAUCCACAGUUGUAACGCGUUUGUAAUCGCAGGAACCCAGUCCAUCGGCGGGGCUGAGGUCUACUUCGACAAUAUAUCAAAACCCGCUCUUCCUAGCGAAGAAUAUUCUCUAUUGGUUUCAAACUAUGCUUGGAGAUGGCGUCAUUAUGUGGCGAUGCUAUAUGGUCUAUGGUCAGAAAGUAUGGUCCGUUGUCGCACCAGUGAUCAUGUACGUCGUGGAUCUUGCGGUCGGAUGUUACACAAUGAACCAGAUUGCACAUGCACCCUCCGCAGCGCCCAUCUUUGACACACGGAUCAACUAGGGGUUGACCGUGUACUUUGUCUUGACCAUGGUCAUCACAGCGUACUGCACCACCCUGAUUACGAUCCGGAUCUGGAGUACUAGUAACGCCAGCCAGAGUGUUUCAAGUUUGCGACCGGUUAUAAUUGCUAUGGUUGAGAGCGGCGCCUUGUACACUUCAAGUAUUCUAUGCGUUUUAGUCACCUACUUGGCUUCAUCAUACGGAACAUACACCUCCCUCGAUACUGUGAUGCCUUUCGUGGGCAUCGUCUACUGUCUCAUUUUUGCAGAUCAAGCGGCAGAUCAGCAGCGGCUCUAGUAACAUGAUGGACUCGGGAAAUGGCAGCAACGGUGCCGAUGCCAUGCGUGCACCCAUCGAAGUGUGGACAUCAUCCAGCGUACGCCAAGACCGAGAUGCAUUGCCCAUGAAAACCUUUUGGUCGCAGAACGGAGCAUCUGACGAUACGAAGUACAGUGGGCCCACAAUAGUAUAAAUACAUGAUUGAUUGCACUGUAUGACGUGAUGAUGUUUACACCACAAGAUUCGCUAUGG